UGAUUCCAAAAUGGCGGCACCGCGGUAGCUUGGUCUGCGUGUGGCGUCCGAAGAGCCACGACGGUUUCUGCUCUCAGGCCUGGGGGCGGCAGCGCGCGUCUGGUCCCGGCGGUGGGCCGUAUCCUUGCGUUAGGUACCGGUUCAGGGCUGGGGCUGUUGCUGUCGCAUUGGGUUCCGGGGAAGUGCCGGUGACCUCGCUGCAGGCCCCCUGCGCCGGCCGCGCUCACCCGAGGAGGAGGAGCAGGACAACCUGCCUCCCAGGUCUUAUGCACCUGCGGAGUACAUGAGGCUUCCGGGGGCCCUGGAGGAGCUACACCUCACACCUCUGAGGGGGCUGUGGGAGUUCCACGGGUGUAUUAAAAGUAUUCUACGUUUGACGGCGCAAAGAAGAUAGCACGGACUUUGCUUCAUCCUCCAGAGGCCAGCUUCCACGCGUUUUUUCCCACUUCCUCUCAAUGUUCUCUUCAUAUAUCUGGAAAUAUGAUCAGCGCCCCUGACGUGGUGGCUUUCACUAAAGAGGAGGAGUACGAGGAGGAGCCUUACAAUGAGCCGGCCCUGCCCGAGGAAUACUCGGUACCUCUCUUACCCUUCGCCAGCCAAGGGGCCAACCCAUGGUCCAAACUGUCCGGGGCCAAGUUCUCCCGGGACUUCAUCCUUAUUUCUGAGUUCUCCGAGCAGGUGGGCCCGCAGCCAUUGCUGACCAUCCCCAAUGAUGCCAAAGUUUUUGGUACCUUUGAUCUCAAUUACUUCUCCUUGCGGAUCAUGUCUGUGGAUUACCAGGCCUCCUUCGUGGGCCAUCCCCCUGGUUCUGCCUACCCGAAGCUGAACUUCGUGGAGGAUUCUAAGGUGGUACUGGGAGACUCGAAGGAGGGAGCCUUUGCGUACGUGCACCACCUUACCCUGUAUGACCUGGAGGCCCGUGGCUUCGUGAGGCCCUUUUGCAUGGCUUAUAUCUCCGCCGACCAGCACAAAAUCAUGCAGCAGUUCCAGGAGCUUUCAGCUGAAUUUUCUAAAGCUUCUGAGUGCUUGAAGACAGGCAACAGGAAGGCAUUUGCUGGAGAACUUGAAAAAAAACUAAAAGACUUGGAUUACACCAGGACAGUGCUGCACACUGAAACUGAGAUCCAGAAGAAAGCCAAUGACAAAGGCUUUUACUCUUCUCAGGCAAUUGAGAAAGCCAACGAACUUGCUAGCGUAGAGAAAUCCAUCAUUGAACAUCAAGAUCUCCUGAAGCAGAUCCGUUCAUACCCUCACAGGAAGCUGAAAGGGUCUAAUUUGUGUUCUGGGGAGAUGGAGCCCACCCAGGAUCAGGCUGACCAGGCAGCCAGUACUUCUAACCCUGAUGAAUGUGCUGACACUGACCUUUACACCUGCAGACCUGCCUACACCCCAAAACUCAUUAAAGCAAAGUCUGCCAAGUGUUUUGACAAGAAAUUGAAAACCCUGGAAGAGCUCUGUGACACUGAGUGUUUCACCCAGACCCUGGCUCAGCUCAGCCACAUUGAGCACAUGUUCAGAGGAGAUCUGUGCUACCUCCUUACCAGCCAGAUUGACAGAGCACUCCUAAAGCAACAGUACAUAACAAACUUCCUCUUUGAAGACUUUGUGGAGGUUGAUGACAGGGUGGUAGAAAAACAAGAGAGCAUACCUACUAAGCCCAGUCAAGGCAGGCCACCAUCCAGGUCUCUGGAACAAUGUCCGAUUCCUCAAGUGUUAAUCAGCUUUGGCUCUUACAAGUCCAGUGUAGAGUCUGUGGUAAUCAAGAUGGAGCAGGAACUUGGAGAUGAGGAGUGCAAGGAAGUAGAGGUGACAGAAUUGAGCAGUUUUGAUCCCCAGGAAAACUUGGACUACCUGGAUAUGGAUAUGAAAGGGAGUAUUAGCAGUGGUGAAAGCAUAGAAGUUUUAGGCACAGAGAAGUCCACCUCUGUGCUAUCCAAGUCUUACAGCCAGGCCAGUCUUACCAUGCCAUUGAGCCCCCAGGUGGUCCGGAGCAAAGCUGUCAGCCACAGGACAAUCAGUGAGGACAGUAUUGAAGUCCUCAGCACCUGUCCCUCUGAGGCCCUCAUCCCUGAUGACUUUAAGGCCAGCUACCCAACUGCCAUUAAUGAAGAAGAAUCAUAUGCAGAUGAUAGUGAGGGAGCCAUUCACUUCCAGGCAAGCAUCAGUCCACUGGAGCUGGGUGAAAUGGAGGAGGGCAGCUUAGAAAAUACCCCACCCCAAACAGACUCCUCCUGCUGCAUUGGGAAGGAGAGUGACAGUCUGCAGGUGCCACUCUCCAUUCCAGCCCACACGUUCUUUGAUGAGGAUGGAGUGGUGAGCAUCCCUCCACAGCGCUACAGGCAGAAGGACCAGGGGUUCCAUGUGGAGUUUGCAGUGGAAAGCACCCACCCUUCUUCCAGAGACAAUAGUUCUGAAGGCUUCCCUGCUUACGCUUACAAACUGGACCCGAGCCACCUGCUGGCCAACCGAGAUGUCAGUAAGACCAGCCUGGACAACAGCUCAGACACCACCAGCUAUGUAAGCAGUGUAGCCUCCACCAGCUCGGACAGGACUCCCUUGUCUGCUCAUUCUGCUGGCCCCUCUUCCGAGAGACAUAAAAAGAGGGCUGGCCAGAAUGCCUUAAAAUUCAUCCGCCAGUACCCCUUUGCCCACCCAGCCAUCUACUCCCUGCUUAGCGGGAGGACACUCGUGGUCCUGGGGGAGGACGAGUCCAUAGUCAGGAAGCUCGUGACAGCGCUCUCCAUCUUUGUCCCCAACUAUAGCCGUUACGCCAAACCCGUGAAGCACUGGGCCUCCUCCCCUUUGCACAUUAUGGAUUUUCAGAAGUGGAAGCUUAUUGGCCUGCAGAGAGUGGCGUCCCCUGCCAGUGCUGGCACCCUCCACGCCCUGGGCCGCUACAGCCGCUACGUGAGUGUCCUGGAUCUGGAUAACAAAACCCUGCGCUGCCCCCUCUACAGAGGCACCCUCGUGCCCCAGCUGGCAGACCACCGCACGCAGAUCAGGCGGGGCAGCACCUACUACCUGCAUGUCCAGAGCAUGCUCACCCAGCUCUGCUCCAAGGCCUUCCUCUACGCUUUCUGCCACCACCUGCACCUACCUGCCCAUGACAGGGAGACAGACAGAGUGGUUGCCAGCCGCCAGGCAAGCUUCCUGAAGCUGAGCCUGGGUCUGGUGAGUGAAGAUGUUAAGGUUGUCCAGUACCUGGCUGAGCUGUUGAAGCUGCACUAUACGCAAGAGUCUCCUGGAACCAGCCACCCCACACUCAGGUUUGACUAUGUGCCCAGCUUUUUGUACAAAAUCUGAGGUCCCAGCCACUGUGACCAAGGCCUUUGACUCAGGGUACAGGGAGGGGAGGGAUUGGCAUGACCAGCAGUCCUCUGAGCUGUUCAGACUUCUAAUGUUGUCGGUGGGAAGGAAACCAAGGUAGCAGCUGUGGCUCCAGGCAACUUGUGAGCUGGAUUUGGGUGGGGGGUGGCCUGGCUCUCACUGAGGACAUCUGUAAGGACAGUAACAGGGCUCUUAGCUUCCUGGGGAGGAGUGCCCUGGGGUUGGGAGUGGGUCACUUGGCUUCCUGAGGACUGGUAGCGGGGCAGAAGAAAACCACCAGUUCCUCAAUGGGUGAGAUGAGGGGCAUGAGGGUAAAGUCUGGCUGGGGGGAGCAUGCUGGCCACAUUCAGCUCUGCCAAGCACUCGAGUGGCAGAAUCAAGAGAAGCAGCCUGUUAACUGGAGUGACUGGUUGGAAAACAGUACCACAGAACAUCCUUUGCCCCAUUCAGACCCUAGCUGGCCCAUCCUUGGCCUCUAUGGCCUGUCAUCCCCAGGGGCCCCUGAAGGAGUGAGAAGGUGGGAAAGAAGCUCAGCUGUGGCUGGAGUGGAAAGUAUAUGAUCACCGGGCCCCACAGCUGCAGGGAGAGCAAGCAGCCCAUCCUGGCCAUGCGUCCCUGCCCUUGGAUGGGUCUGGGGACUCACUUCCUUGGUUAGUAGGAGUGACUGAAGUCAUCACUAGUCUUCAGUUGUGAGAACUGCUUUCAGAGGUGGAGAGCCUGGGAGAUGGGCAGGGCUAGGGUGCCACGAGGCCAUCACCACUGUGCAAGUGAAGUGCCAGCAGACUCUGUGGGGCCCAGCCCGUCAGCUCUGUCCUCCUGGGGAAGGUCUGCAGACAUGCAGGAGCUCGGCAGAGGUCAUACCCCAUCCUUCACCAUGGCAAACCUUUGCAACCACUUCGCUACCUCUUGCAGGUCUGUGGGCAUCUGAGCUCUGUUGGGUUGGCUCAUCUGGGUGGGCACCCAGCUGGUGAUAGGGUGUGGGAGGGUCCCUCCUGGGAGGAGGAAGGCCUCCUGCUGUGGCUGCCUCAGAGGCUGUGCAGCCUGGAAUGUGCACACCUCACCACCACUCACUUCCCACCCCGUCUCCUCACCUAACUCCCACUCCUAGUUCCCCUAAGAAUGUUCCUUUCCCUCCAUGAGUCUCCCCAAGUAUGCUCCCCCACUGAGUACCCCCUUCACGUAAGGAGAGGAUCCAUCAUUCCCGCACCCCUCAUUCACCCACUAUGAUCUGAGGCUCCUUCCACACUUGGAACUGGCAUGCAAAUAGAGGGCUUCUUGCAACCUUGAAGAUUUUUAAAAAAUUUUUUUAUUAAGGUAUGAUUGAUAUACACUCUUAUGAAGGUUUCACAUAAAAAACAAUGUGGUUACUACAUUUACCCAUAUUAUCAAGUCCCCACCCAUACCC